CAAUUUUCUCUCUCCAGGAAUCCGUUGCAUAAUUGUCACCGUCCGAUCCUUAUCACUCCCGCUAGCACGGCCCCGAUCCUGCUCGCGCGGCCUCUGUUCCUCCUCCCAGCCGACCGUCGGGCCGCCGCCGUAUUGCUCCCCUAUCGCCUCCGCCGCCGCGCCGUCGACCUCUUAUCCUUCUCCAAAUUCGCAGGCUCUCCGGCGUUCUGGUCCAGGUGGCCCUGCUAUCGAGCACCUUGUGUUCUCAAGCUUUAUGAGCGCAAGGGAGUAUUGCUAAGAGUAUCGCCAUGACAUCUCCAGCUUCCGUUACCAACCUUGGAAGCAAUGGGAGGCCUGGCCCGCUGCCGGUGGCGGCAGCGAGGAGAGCGCACCUGGUUACAAGGAUCAGUUUCACCGGGUUUGACGGCAUAAGGCGGUGGCAGUACGCGCCCGGGAGGCUGUGCAGGUGUAUGGUCAUAACUAAUCUGAUUGAGGAGAAGGGGGUUCAGUUCUCAUCAAGAGGAGGUGUGAGUGUGAAAGCCGAUGAUGACAAUGACCUGCUUCUGAAGCCACCGCAGAAGCUGGUUCGGCCAAAUGGACCACCGGGGGCCAUAAAAGCAGCGUCACCACCUGAACGGAAGCCAGCAGGGGCAACAUUGGAGGACAGAGAGAAGGUCAGGGAGUCGUUGCACAAGGUGUUGGAGAAGGCUGAGAAGCUUGAGGCCUCGAGCUCUGGAAAUGGAGGUGGUGAAAAUGCCGGUUCCAGGCAGACUGAUGUUUCGAUGCAUAAUGGUCCAGGGGCAACAGCAGUGGAUGAGAGUGGGAAUUCGAGGAAGACAAAGACACUAAAGAGCGUAUGGCGAAAGGGGAACCCUGUGCCAACUGUACGUAAGGUGAUUAGAGAUCAACCACGGACGGAAACUAGGGAUCAGUCGAUACCUGCAGCUAAAUCUUCAGCGUCAUCUCCAUCCAAGUCAGUACCUCCUCUACUAUCAAAACCUUCUGUAGCACCGCCACCUCGUCGGCCUGUCAAGUCCGAUACAUCAAAGGAGAAAAAAGGACCCAUCCUAAUAGAUAAAUUUGCUUCCAAGAGGGCAACGAUUGAUCCAGUUGUUCCUGAGGAAUUGUUAGAUCCUCUGAAGCCAGUACGAGGCCCGCCUGCAAAAGUCAGAGUUGAUCGUCGUAAAAAGCCAAACACACCAGCUGGUUCCCGCCGACGUAUGCCAAAUGAUGAUGGAUUAGUCGAUGAGGAUACUUCUGAUGUGCCAAUUUCUGGUGUUCCAGUGCGCAAGGGAAGGAGGUGGAGCAAGGCAAAACGUAGGGCUGCAAGGCUUGAGGCUCUUCAAGCUGAAGAGCCUGUUAGAGUCGAGAUCCUUGAAGUUGGUGAAGAAGGUAUGCUGAUUGAGGACUUGGCAUAUGAGUUGGCAGUUAGUGAAUCAGAAAUUUUGCGCUUCUUAUCCGUGAGAGGAGUUAUGCUCGACAAUGUUCAGACUCUGGAUAAAGAUUUGGUUAAGAUGGUUUGCAUGGAAUAUGAUGUUGAAGUGCUAGAAAAUGGUCCCGUGAAAGUGGAAGAAAUGGCAAAGAAGAAGGAGUUCCUUGAUGAGGAAGACUUGGAUAAGUUGGAAGUAAGACCUCCCAUUGUGACUAUCAUGGGCCAUGUUGAUCAUGGGAAGACAACUCUGUUGGAUUAUAUACGUAAGAGUAAGGUGGUGGCAUCGGAGGCUGGCGGUAUAACACAAGGCAUUGGAGCAUAUCAGGUUCUUGUACCAGUAGAUGGGAACCCUCAAGCUUGUGUUUUUCUGGAUACUCCAGGCCACAAGGCGUUUGGUGCAAUGAGAGCUCGAGGAGCUAGAGUAACUGAUAUAUGUAUCAUUGUCGUGGCUGCGGAUGAUGGUGUUCAGCCACAAACAAGUGAGGCAAUUGCACAUGCAAGGGCAGCCGGAGUGCCUAUUAUAAUAGCAAUAAACAAGAUAGACAAGGAGGGAGCUAAUCCAGAACGAGUCAUGCAAGAGCUUUCCCAAAUUGGACUUAUGCCAGAGAUGUGGGGUGGUGAUACCCCAAUGAUUCAGAUAAGUGCUCUUACUGGAGACAAUGUUGAAGAACUAUUGGAGACUGUCAUGCUUGUUGCUGAGUUGCAAGAAUUGAAGGCCAAUCCUCACAGAAAUGCAAAGGGCACUGUUAUUGAAGCUUGUCUUGACAAGGCCAAAGGGCCUCUUGCCACCCUAGUUGUACAGAAUGGAACCCUAAACAAGGCUGAUAUUAUUAUGUGUGGUGAAGCUUUUGGGAAGAUCCGCGCAAUGUAUGACGAUCGUGGGAAGCUUGUUGACAAAGCAGGACCGUCCAAUGCUGUGCAGGUUAUUGGCCUGAACAAUGUUCCCCUUGCUGGUGAUGAAUUUGAGGCAGUUGACAACCUUGAUAUUGCACGAGAAAGGGCAAAUGAGCGUGCGGAUGUGAUGCGCAUUGAGAGGAUAUCUGCAAAAGCUGGUGAAGGGAAAGUUACUCUCUCAUCUAUUGCGGCAUCUGUUUCAUCUGGAAAGCAAGCAGGAAUUGAUACACAUGAGCUAAAUGUCAUUCUUAAAGUUGAUUUUCAGGGUUCAAUUGAGGCAAUUAGGCAAGCCAUCCAAGCGCUGCCUCAAGAAAAUGUCUCCUUGAGGUUCCUACUUCAAGCUCCAGGAGACGUGAGUGUUAGUGAUGUUGAUCUGGCUGUUGCUUCUGAUGGAAUUAUAUUUGGUUUUAAUGUCAGAGCUCCAGGAUCAGUUAAAACUUAUGCCAAGAAGAAAAGUGUUGAAAUUCGACUUUACAAGGUGAUCUAUGACUUGAUAGAUGAUUUGCGGAAUGCCAUGGAAGGGCUUCUUGAACCUGCUGAGGAGGAAGUACCACUCGGUUCAGCGAAAGUUCGAGCUGUUUUCAGUAGUGGCAGUGGAAAGGCGGCAGGUUGCAUGAUUACUACUGGGAAAGUUGUCCAAGAUUGUAAUGUCCGGGUUAUUCGUAAAGGGAAAGAAGUUUAUGUUGGUACACUUGAUUCCUUGAGACGGGUGAAAGAAACUAUAAAGGAGGUUGGUGCGGGUCUAGAAUGUGGUAUUGGGGUAGAUGACUUCGAUGAAUGGGAGGAAGGUGAUGUCAUAGAGGCAUUCAACACUGUGAAAAAGUCAAGAACCCUCGAGGAAGCCUCUGCCACCGUGACUGCUGCUCUGAAGGAUGCAGGUGUCCAGCUGUAGAAGUGGCAAUGCUGAUAAGCGAUAUACGGUUCAACAGCUGCAGCAGCCAACAAUUUUUUGGCAACGAAAGCUGGAGCACAGUGGUCGGAUUGCUCAAGAAUGACAAGCAUGUACUUGUACAAACAACUUAUGCAGGACAGUUCUACAUCACCGGUGUCUGAGCUUGACCAUCUAGCGACUCCCAUAGUUGCAUCUGCCUUUGAAAGUUGAUGUACAUAGAGAAGAUGAGAUCAGCUGUUUUACCCUUUUUAGUUUGCCUCUAACAAGUAGAUAAUGGAUGUGUCUAAUUUUGCAACUAUUGAUUUUUGACACAAGAUGUAAUCUGCAACGGUCAUUCAUACUGUUCAUGAUAGAUAAAGGAUGUAUUUUCAGGGAAAAGCAGAUCAAUAAAGGUAAAUAGGCAUGGUAAGGGAGGUUGCUCUGCCAAUUUGUUACAACAGAAUCUGUCUUGGAUAAAUCAUAAAAAAUUCAGUGUAUAUUCUUGGGUUUGGAA